AGUUUUUUUUUGACGUAGUUUAGAACGCAGAUGCUUAUUUAUACUGCGGGACGGGAGACACUGCUCAUUUCGCCUUGGAUAAGAAGAUGGGAAUCAUGAAAUUUGCGUGUGCCGCUGGAGUGGUGGCUGCCGCCGCUGGUACAGCGUACCUCUACCGGCGGUUCAGGAAAACGCCAGAGCAGGAGGAAGUGAAUAUGGCCACCUCAUUACAUGACGAAACUCUUAUGGUGGCAAAUGAUUACAUGGACUUAUGUGUUGGAAUCGAGAGGACACCUCCCAGCGAGUCCGCUAAAGCCAUGCGAUACAUAGCAAAGAAGGUGGAGGAUAUGUACUGGCUCCCACUGCGCCGUCUUGUGCAGUCAUUCUUGAGCAACUUUCCCAUACACACCUGGACCGAACUCAGGAAUGUGAUGCUGGAUAUGGUUGAUCGUGAAAAUAUGAGGUGGUCCCAGAUUGUGAUUCUCUUCGCCUUCACGGGAAUGCUGGCAGUUCAAAUGUCUACCAUAGAUGAAGAUUUCACCUGCUGCAGACGGCUAGCAGACAUGAUCACUGAUGUUCUUAGAGAAACACAGGAAUGGAUGAUCCAGAAUGGAGGCUGGAGGGGGUUCGUGGACUAUGUCCGCAUAUUCAGACCAGAAUAUCCAGUGUCACCUGUGAUGAGAGGUCUCUUCACAGCUGCAAAUGUGGCAAUUGCCUUUCUUCUUGUACGUUACAGUAUUUCCUUUCCAUUUUAUUCAGAGAAAUGUUUUCCUGAAAGAUUUUUGAUCAAGUUUUUGUUAAUUUGCUUAUGUACAUACAGUAUGGUUCACUGUUGUUUCCCCCAUGGCCCUUUUCUUAUAAAUUAUAUAUGACCUAUAGUCUGUUUGGUAUAUUUGUUUCAUUUUAUGACAUUGUUACCCAUACAGUUGUACAGUAUAAAACCUUCAAAAAAUGUUAAUUGUUAAUGUUAAUAGUUAUAAUAAAAUUAAUUGUGUUAAACAUUUUCUCCCCUUUUUGUGAAAGUAGUAUAUUUUCAUCUAGUAGAAGUGUUUUUUAAGUUUUAAGUAAAAGUAACUUGCAAUAACAGAUUUAAAGAGACUCGAAUGAGAGACGUUCUACUAAUAUAACGUCUGACGUUAAACGGGUGUGGGAAUUUUGUUAAAGAUUAAAGAUUUGGUUUGGGAUUUGCAUAUCAUAUUAUGAAGUUUGUGAUUUGUGUGUAUAGUUUACUAGCUAGUUGCUAACACAGCAAGCUCGAGCAGCGAGGAGCCAACUUACAAUGGUUAAAGACAAGGUGACAGAGAUGUUUGACUUAACUGCCUCUGUAUUGUUUUUAAUAGAUCAAUUAUCUGCUAAAAAGAUCCCUACCAGGCUUGGUCCCGUUCAAGAAACUGCCAGAAACAUGAGUUUGCUAGAUGGGACAGUCUACCAGAAAUGUGCAUUAUCUGUCCUAGAUUGCUAAUGUGAAUAAAACUUGUAUUAUCCAAAAAAGUCUAAAA